AUUCAAGCACUAGAGUCGCCCUACUGUCUGUUAUAUCACCUCCCCGAGGGCCUGCCUCGUCGAGUAUGUGUUGCCGACUCCAAUUUUGCCUUCCUUCACUGUCCCAUAUCAUUCCUAGUGUCUCCAAGGUAAAACUGGCGGUCUGUUAAAAGUCGCCGCCUGCUGGUUUCACUAUCAUUUCUUAGUUUCUGUUUUGCUUUCGAUUUUGUGUCAUUGGAAUCAUUUAUCAUAUACCAUCUUGGGGCUUCGCUCGGACAGGCUCAUUCUUGAUUUCACUUCUUUUGAUACUCUGUCCUGCAUGCUGCAUUGCUAGCUGUGGUCCUUGACCUCGCAAAUGUCCGCAGCUCAUGGUGGCCGAGGUCGGCCGCUCGAUCCCGAAAAUGAACCAACCGAGACAACCAGCCUCCUGCCGAAACCCGCCUCUGUUGCUAGCUCUACAUCGGCGCUGUCCACGCCCGACAGCACCUCGGCCGGCACGGGCGAGCUUCCCGGGCCCUCACAGUACCCCCAGUGGCUCUCGGAGAUAUGGUUCCUGGUCAAGGCCUCCAUACCCGUCAUCAUGGCCUACACGCUGCAGAACUCGGUGCAGACGGUGUCGGUGCUGAUAGUGGGCCGCCUGAGCCCCGAGGCCCUCGCCACGGCAGCCUUCUCGUACAUGUUCGCCAUGUCGACGGCCUGGCUGAUCGCGCUGGGCGGGGCCACGGCUCUGGACACCCUGGCCUCGAGCAGCUACACGGGCUCGGCCAGCAAGCACGACCUCGGGAUCCUCCUGCAGCGCGGCGUCGUUAUUCUGACGGCAUUUUACGUUGCCGUCGCCUGUAUGUGGUGGUUCUCCGAGCCCCUAUUCCGGGCGCUUGGCCAGGAGGAGUUUAUAUGCGUGCAGAGCUCCCGGUUUCUGCGUUGCAUGAUCCCAGGCGGGUUCGGGUACAUCUGGUUUGAGGCAAUGAAAAAGUACCUUCAAGCUCAGGAGAUAUAUCAGCCCGGGACCUAUGUCCUUUUGAUAACCUCACCACUGAGCGCAGCUCUCAACUACUUUUUCAUCCAUAAUCUCGGGCUCGGGCUCUACGGCGCACCCGUAGCGACCGGAAUCGCGUACUGGGUCUCGUUCCUACUGCUCGUGCUCUACGCAGCCUUCGUGCGGGGACACGAAUGCUGGGGCGGCCUCGAUCUCCGGCGAGCCCUACGGCCGGCCCACAUGGCCCCCUUUGCGAAGCUGGCCCUCCUCGGCAUCAUGCACGUGGGCACCGAGUGGUGGGCCUUCGAGAUCGUGGCGCUGGCGGCGGGCCGGCUGGGCACCAUCCCGCUCGCGGCGCAGAGCGUCAUCAUGACGGCCGACCAGAUCAUCAACACGAUCCCCUUCGGCCUCGGCGUGGCGACGUCGUCGCACCUGGGCAACCUGCUGGGGGCGCGGCGGGCCGGGGACGCGGAGCGGGCGGCGCACUGCGCCGCGCUGCUGAGCGUGCUCAACGGGGGCGCGAUCCUGGCGGCGCUCUGGGCCAGCAAGGACGUGUUCGGGCGCCUGUUCAACGACGACGAGCGCGUGGUGCGGCUCGUGAGCGAGGUCAUGCCCUGGGUCGCGCUCUUCCAGAUCGCGGACGGGCUCAACGGCUCGUGCGGCGGCGCGCUCCGCGGCAUGGGGCGGCAGUCGGUGGGCGCGGCGGUCAACAUGGUGAGCUACUACGGCGGCGCGCUGCCCAUGGGGAUAUACCUGGCGUUCCACGGCUGGGGGCUCGGGGGCCUGUGGGUCGGGCAGUGCGUCGCGCUCUAUCUGGUCGGGGCCUUUGAGUGGCUCAUCGUCGGCAUGAGCAAGUGGGAGCGCGAGGUGGAGAGGGCGAGGGAGAGGUUGGAGAGCGGCGGGCUGGCGGUGGCGGCGCAACUGGAGGAUGAGCAGCAGUGGGAGGCUGGUGGUGGAGGAUCAGUUACUGGCCAGGAUCACGCCUGACCUUACGCAUCUGGGAUUUCUGGUUGUAUGUGUUUGAGAACAUGGAGCGGAGUGAGCGUCUGGAUAUUGGUGGGACUGGAACGCAGCUUCCUAAAAUAAAAGAGCGUGCGUCUUUCAUCUGAUGGGAUUCUGAUGGCGUGGCAUGGGCAGCAGAGGACUGCAUGGUAAACAGAGUAAACAUGUAAAGUUCGCCCGUCU